CAUUACCCAUGUAUGCACUGAUUUGAAUACAUACAUAAUGCUUGUAACAUGACAAACCGAAUUUUCUAUAUGUUUAUAGUAUUGUGUGCAGCAUUUAUUGUUGCAUAUAUCUGUUUGAAACAUAACGCAAUAGCACAAUUGGAUGUGAGAGGUUUUAUGAACAGGAACUUGAUAAUUGGAAAAGUAAUGAAUGAUACGUCACAAGCUUGCAAUCACGAGUAUCAGACAGGUGUUUGUAAUAUGACAUGUUUUGAGAUAUUCUGGUUAAAGUACAAACAACAGGGGGAACGGAAAAUUACUGAAACACGCAAAUCAAUCGAUAACGAACCGGACAGUAACGUUGCGUGUAAAAACAGAUCUUGUGGCACAAACAUUCCAUUCACUAAACGGAAGAAGGAGAACAUAACUUGUGGAUCGCAUCCAGUGUGUAACAUUGCUUGUAGAAACAGUCAUUGUAACACCUAUAUUUCCUCCAAAGGCCCUCAAGGUAGAGCUGGAAAUCUUAUGUUUGAAAUAGCGGCCUUGAUCGGAGUUGCCAAAAGACGAGGUAUGACGCCUCAGUCGCGGUACAAUCAUUACAUAUUUAAAUGGUUCGAAAUGCCGCCGAUUUACGUUAACGUGCCUGCAGUUAACGAAAAAAACUUUGGUGAAGUAAAGUAUGGUACAUAUCAGAAAGAAGUGGAGUCUUUAGAUUGUGGUCAGAAUUGGACCCUAGGUGGUUAUCGAUGUAGCUGGAAAUAUUUCGACAAUGCGAAGGAUGUAGUGCGAAAAAUAUUUACUUUGAAAGCUAAAUUCACCGACAAAGCAAAGGCAUUUCUGCAAAACAUAUCAUCACCAGGCGCAGUUAAUGUGUGUGUGCACGUUCGAAGAGGCGAUAUGGCAACAGAUGCUAACGUCAAACGAGGUUAUGUUCCAUCGGACGCAACUUACCUAAAUAGAUCUAUGGAAUACUUCAGAAAUAUGUUCCGAAAGAAGACAGUCCACUUUGAUGUCCUCAGCAAUGGCAUGGAAUGGUGCAAAAACAAUACGUCAGGACCCGACGUGUUUUACUCCCCUUUUAAAGAUGCUGUCCUAGACUUUGCAAUCAUGGCUUGUUGUGAUCACGUGAUUAUAACCAUCGGGACAUUUGGUUGGUGGGGGGCUUGGCUAUCUGGUGGAAUAACUGUGUAUGGCUCCUCGUGGCCAACACAAUAUACAAUUGUUGGUAAAGGCUUAAACAGAAGUGAUUAUUAUCCAAAACACUGGAUAGGUCUAUAAAUUUGUUAAACAUCUUUGAGUGCGUCGAAUGUGAA